UAUAGAUACGCUGUGCACACUUAAAACAGGGGAGGUCACUACCUACACACACUACCACAAAUACCAAUUAAGCGUUUAAAUGAUCGGAGUUUUGUGAAAUGUUUCCUGCGUGAUUUUGGAACUUUCUUUGUUUCCCGGCAAAAUGCCAGAUUCUGGUCUUUACGUUAUCGUUGUCGGACACAACCUGGAAGCAAAAUGCGAUGUUGCCAAUGCUCUAGUAUGUCAGGAGAAAAUGUUUCAAACGUUUUCAUGUCGGAAGAAAAUUUUUGUAAGGUCUCGAAAAACCGUCAAAGGAAAGAAUCUUUAUAUAAUGACAACGCCAGAUAUUGAAACACCAGCGUGGAAACAUUUUGAGAAAGAGCUGAAAUCCCCGUUCAAGUUUAAAACGAGGGUCUUUUUAUAUGUACAAGAUAAUGAUUGUAUAGACAGUGAUGAUGCUGGGUCGAUUGAAACUUUGCAAACUCUGUUUACAGAGAAAGUUGUGUGUGUUAAGUAUAACACGAAACUUCCUAGAGAGGACAGUAACACGUCCUUAGAUAGUUUCACAGAAGACAGUUUAGAACAUGAAACGCCUAACGAUCAGGUCAUCAUUCGGAAAUGGGAUGAUUUUCCAAAUAAAGUACAAAAAGGCCGAAAAAUUAUGAAGUUGAUUGAAGAAUGUUUGGAGUCUGGUACACCUGUCAAAUUCGUAAAUAAAGGUCCAAUGGCAGUUGAUGAUAAGAAAGGACAGGUUCAAAGGAGCUUGUGCGAGCCAUCGAGUAGUCAGGAUUCGGAAACAGGAGGAGAUGACGGUGAUCUCGGAGCUGUGCCUAUUAGUGACGAUCCUGGACGCUUUGGAGAAGACGAUUUUUCCAGCUUGGGGCUCCCAUGUCUUGAUGAAAAUGACUGGAAGUUAUACCGUAGAACAUUGGAAUUAGGCAGAGCUAGAUCUAACCACGUGAGGGUGAAUAUUGUUGGUAACCAAGGAGCUGGAAAAACAAGCUUGGUUAAGCGUCUUCAAGGCGUGGAUGUAAAAUGUUCGGACCUGAAUCAGAGGCCUACUGAAGGUCUUGAAAUAAACCAAGUUACUACGAGAUGCAUUGAGAGAGACGGUCAAAGAUAUUGGGAAGCCAACGAAAACGGAUAUGAACAAGAAUUAAAUCUCCAGAGAAUGGCAUUUGCUUUGCAACAUGCCCAAGAUCGUAUCAGCAAGGAGAAAUGCAGCAGAACGGAAGUAGAAACACCUACCGUUGAUAUAGAGGAGCUUGAAAAAGGGUCAGAAGAAGUGUUCGAGGAAGAAGUACGUACAGAACAUAACAUACAAGAUCUUUUGGACGUAAAAGCAAAAGAGAGAUACCUUCAGAAGGUGAAACUUUGGAAAGAAAUUGCAAGAGAAGAAAGGAUGUAUGUAUCCUACUGGGACUUUGCUGGUCAAACAACUUAUUACUCUACACACCAAGCAUUUAUGGCACCGUCAGCUGUCUAUGUACUUGUUAUUGAUUUGACUAUGGACUUAGACAAACAUCUUGAAGAUACUCUGAAAUUUAGAACGAAAGUAUUGAAACAGUUCACAGUGGAAGAAACUGUUAAGUUUUGGAUAUCUUCCAUUAAGGCCUACACUCGAGAUGAGCAAAACGGUCACGCACCUUUCAUUAUUGUCGGUACCCACAAGGACAAGGUGUCAAAAGAAGAAAUUCGUGAAAAAUUUGGCAGUCUUCGACGAGUACUGAAACAUCUGACCCAGGUUGAAUUUGUUGCUAUUGAUAAUACACUUCAAAUCAAAGAUGAUAAAAGCCUGGAGGCCUUGAAGAAUAAAAUCCUUGAUUUAGGACUUGGCGUCAUCGAUGAAGAAAUACCAGCUCAAUGGAUCAAUCUUGAAAAUAUUGUUCUUCAGAAGAAAGGUGCAGGGAAGAGUUUGUUGAAGUUAAAAGAGAUACAAGAGCUUGAUGAAAAGUCAGAUAUGCCAAUGAAAAAUCUGGAACGAAUUGAGGCUUUCCUGGAACACGAACACCGAAGAGGUUGGCUGAUGCACUUCUGCCAUGAUGACUUGAAAGAUAUUAUCAUACUAGAUCCGGACCUACUAGCACGUUAUUUUAAUGUGCUAUUACGCCCAAACUGGGACAUUCCGUCCUCAGGCCUUGUUGAAAAUGGGAUUGCACAUACAGAUUUUAUCUUUGACGCUGCGAUCCAUGUAUUCAAUGUGCGAAAAUGUGAGGAAACUCUUUCUACGUUUACUAAGAUAUUGACACAUCUCCACAUUAUGCACUUCUUCGAAGAAAACAAAUACUUUAUCCCUUGUUUAUUACCGCACCAGACAGAGAAAGACAGUUUUAAGAAAAGUCUUCAUCGGGAAAAAGCCCCAAUUCUGAAGCUAUCUUUUGCUGAUGCAUACGUACCGCCGGCUUUCUAUCAUUUGUUGAUCGCUGCUUUGAACGAAGAUCAAUCCCUUAAUAUCUACAAGAAAUCUGACGCACCACGGAUUUUCAACCUAUUUGCAUGUUUUACUUUUCAAAGAGAGACAUUAUGGCUUGAAGUUUACUGGCAUGAAUGUUGUGUAUACUUUGAACUGAAAAAUUAUGCAGUCGAUACAAAGAUUAAUGAACCCGGUUGCAACAAGUUGAAAGAAGUGAUUGUCAUCAUUCAGUCAAAGAUUGAUCACAUACUCCGUGUUUAUAGGCAGAAUAACGUUCGAUACGUAGUAGAAAUCGAGUGCACGAAACACGAAAAGGACCAAAAAGGAGUAUUUGUAAAUUUGCAGAAAAUUCGUGAUAAAGGGGAAGUGAUGUGUACUGAUGGAGAAGAGGACCAUGCUAUAACAUGGGAUGAAAUAAGCAAGAUAUUGCCUUGGAGUCCAAAUUCACAAUGUGGACGCCGCGUUGAAAUGAGCAGUGGGCGACCAAGCGACAGAAUUCUUGGCCGCUUAGCUCGGCAUCUAUCGGGAGAAAAUGCAACGUCGCUGUCAUCUAAACUGAGAUUACCACAGGGAAACAUUGAAGCUGACUCUGCUAUCAGUGACUGGAGUGAUGCUGACAUGCAGCGCCUUAAAUUACUGUGCAGAUGGAAAGAAGUUUAUCCUGAACAUACCACAGACACCCUGCUGAAAAUGCUCGCCGAACAGAGAAAUUAUGAUGAAGGGGAGUUGCAGACAGUCAUAGAAAAUGAGAUUGAUCAUACGGAAGACUUUGGACUGGAUUCAAACUUUCUGGAUGCAGUGUGUCCAGGAAAUGAGGACUUGGUUCUGGUGAGCGACUGUAUUGGUGCCAAAUACGCUUUUGUGAUGUUAGAACUGGGACUUAAAUUUCGAGACAUUGAAAUUAAACGAACUGAUAAUGAGCGUGCGCUACGGAAGACAAUUUAUGAACUGUUAGAAUCGUGGAGACAAAGGUUCGAUAGGGCAACACCAAGAAUGCUGUUAAGUACUACAAAGUUUCUGAAAUUAAACACUUCUUGGAUUGUAUCAAAAUUCAGGGGAAAAUUUGCAGAAAACUGGAAGUAGGAAAUGGAUAACCUGAACAUAAUGUGUCCGUAAUUUAAAGCACUAGUCAAUUGUAACACCGCCCAAACUUCCACAAAGAAGUAGCAAACAGUUUAGAACACACUGUAAAGUCUCCGCCCGGUGAAGACAACCAGAUGACGCUUCCGAUCUUCAAGUUAAACAUAUUAUACCGCCUUUUAUUUUGGCGGUGGCAGUGCAGGAAAGAUUAUGGGUAGAAUCUUGGGGUUUAAUCUCCGUUACCAAAGGCUGUUAUUACAAUUCACUUGUGCAUAUAAAAUUUAUUAACAAUUUUUAUGCCCCCACAAUGUGGGAGCAUAUAGCGUUGCACUUGUCCGUCCGUCAGUCCGUCCGUCCGUACGUCCCGAAAUCUUGUGAACGCAACUCCUCUUAAACCGGAUGAUAGAGUUUGCUUAAACUUACAGGGAUGAACAACCUUAAGGUGUAGAUGGUAGUAAAGAAAGGAAUUUUCGCUGCGACCAAAUUUAACAGAAUUAUGGCCCUUUGUUGAUUUUUUCACUAGAUACUAUGUAGAAAUUUUGUGAAUGCAACUCCUCUUAAACCGGAUGGCAGAUUUUGCUUAAACUUACAGGGAUGAACAACCUUAAUGUGUAGAUGGUAGUAAAGGAAGGAAUUUUUGCUGCAACCAAAUUUAACAGAAUUAUGGCCCUUUGUUGAUUUUUUCAUUAUAUACUAUGUAGAAAUUUUGUGAACGCAACUCCUCUUAAACUGGAUGGCAGAUUUUGCUUAAACUUACAGGGAUGAACAACCUUAAGGUGUAGAUGGUAGUAAAGGAAGGAAUUUUUGCUGCGACCAAAUUUAACAGAAUUAUGGCCCUUUGUUGAUUUUUUCACUAUAUACUAUGUAGAAAUUUUGUGAAUGCAACUCCUCUUAAACUGGAUGGCAGAUUUUGCUUAAACUUACAGGGAUGAACAACCUUAAUGUGUAGAUGGCAGUAAAGGAAGGGAUUUUUGCUGCAACCAAAUUUAACAGAAUUAUGGCCCUUUGUUGAUUUUUUCAUUAUAUACUAUGUAGAAAUUUUGUGAAUGCAACUCCUCUUAAACCGGAUGGCAGAUUUUGCUUAAACUUCCCGGGAUGAACAACCUUAAUGUGUAGAUGGUAGCAAAGGAAGGAAUUUUUGCUGCGACCAAAUUUAACAGAAUAAAUUAUGGCCCUUUGUUGAUUUUUAGUUUUCAACUUGUGGCACAUGUAGUCCAAAAAAUAUUUGACCUAGAGUCAUAAGAUUGACAGAACAGUGGCGUGUGGGGGCAUCCGUGUCCUAUGGACACAUUUCUAGUUUAGGGAAUAUAUACUCUUACUUUUGUGGAACAAAAACUACGAGCUCUCAAUAGUUUUCUGUCGGCCAGUCAUUCCAUUAAGAAAGUUAUUCAUGGCUUGACUAGACACCAACAGAACUACAUAUUCCUUAAAGUGAUAUUAUUCUCAUUUGCUUUGCAUUGUCAAGUUGAGCUGAAUUGACUAUAUAUUUCAAAAGAUUGACGGUUAUAAAGGUGGUUGACCAACAGUUGAUAUUCGAAUAUGUUUAAGAUAAAAUCAUAAUCUGCUUGAAAUAUAAAAAGACUGUCCCACUCUUUUUAUAAAUUGAACGUUACAAGUAAAUUCCGAUUGAUAUUUACAAUUUCUUGCUUGGGCCACGUGACCACGUGACUUAUUUAUCCGUUCAUGUAAAUUUAAAAAUGUUAAGGAAUUAUUUCAUCAUGUAAUCUUAUUUUCACGUUCACCUUUUCACUCACCAUAUGCCCUUGGAUAGGCAUAAUGUCACUUACAAAAUAAUGUUAUAAUGAAAAUUUUCUAAUGCAAUUUUAUUAAUGUAUGUUCUCAGUCAUUUCAACUUUUUAGGAGUUCAUGCAAUUGUUAUAAUGUAAAUUUUAUGAUGAAACUUUAUUGAUUAGUGAUGUAAAUAUACCCAUGCAUUUUAUGUUCGUGUGAUUUCAACUAUAUGCAUAUAUUUUAUGUGUAAUUAUGUAAUUAUUUUUAUAUUUUUCUUUAAAGAAAAUAUAGUCAUAUUUAGUAUCAAAAUGAUCAUCUGUUUUUAUAGAUUUUUGUUAGAAACAUUAAUUACGGUAUUUUUUUUCUAAAAAAUUAUUUUAAAUUUCAAAAAUUUCUAUUGUAAUAAAACACCUUUAAGCAAGAUUUUUAAAUACAAUAUGGCAUUUUAAGUUUGUCUGCUUAACUUUUACACUAAUUUGUUAUACUUAACUUCAAAGGCUUUAGCCAGGCCAAUUAAGUUGUUUAUUAUACGAACAAAGGAAGCCAGGGUGAAACCUUUUCACAAAUACAAAUAAUAAAAGGUGAUUCGUUAAUAACCAAUGUUUACCAUGUUUACCAAUUAAUGGAAAUGGCUUCCUGUAUUUCACAGAUUUCGGCAAUUUUCUUUAUAAAAACUUGGUAGAAUUUCUAUGGUCAUCAUUCACCAUCCAUCUUGCUUUAAAAUAAAGUUGUGUUCAAAUAAA